AUGCUAGUGUCCAUUCUUAUCAGCAUAUCUCGUAUCUCCGCAGCCACUGCUUCGAUCAACGAUCCGGCUCUGACUAUUCGACCACGCAGCGAUGAGCUACUGUUCACGUGGGAUCUUUGGUGUCGGGAAUGUGCUAAUGCAGCAUCUCAGGUGUCCGAGCCGUUCUUCCAAUUUGACCUUGAGCCAGCUGUGGUCAUGCCAGACGAGCUUCAGCUUCCUGUGCACCUCUGGAAGACUGUCUUCCCUCGCGCACACCGUCAGCAAAGUUGGGGCUCACCCGACGAUGCCUGUUGCCGUGUCGGCAUCUACUGGAGCAUCUCAAUUGAUGUCACGACGGGAGAUCUGAUUCGACAUUCGCAAGUUGGCGCUAAAAGACAUGCACGCAGACAAUGCCGGGCUGCGUGGCGCCCCGAUGAUGGGCACGUUGCAAUGGCUGGUGACCGAUCCGCGGCAUACACAACGAUGAAAGUCUUGCUCGUUCGGUAUACGCAGCUUAAUGCACUCGUCUUGAAAGCAUCGCGUGUGGUGUUUAGCUACUUGACAGUUCCGCACUUACACACGACGAAAAGUCGUCUUAUACUUUGCACGCAGCCGUCAUGCCGCUGA